AUGUCAGAAGUGAAUCAAAGGCAAUGGUCCGAUCUUCCUUCUGAACUUAUCUCAGAGAUAGCAGAGCGUCUAGGACCAGUGGAGGUUGUGAGAUUCCGCAGCGUUUGUCAGGCAUGGAAUUCUGCUUCUUCGGUAGCUUCAGCUAAAAUUGAAUCUGUAGAAACCUAUGAACCAUGGUUUAUUCAUUACGGGUUCGAUGAUGAUUCUGAUCAAUGCCAGCUGGUAACUACUGAAAAUGGCAUCAUUACCAUGAGUCUUCCACAACUGGAUGCAACCACAACUUGCAUUGCAUCAUACCAAGGAUGGCUUCUUGUAUUCAAACAAGGCGGAUCAAUGUUCUUCUUUCAUCCCUUCUCAAAAACAAAGAUAGACAUUCCCAAGUUCCCAUACUCCGAACUUUCGGACCAUGUUGCAGCAUUUUCAUCUCCCCCCACUUCUGCUGAUUGCGCUGUUUGCCUCAUCAGGCGUAGCACUAGUAAUGAUGAUCAGUUGGAUCUGAAUCUACUUCGCCGCGGAGGAGGUAAUGAAUGGAAGCAUUACAAGAUUGACUGUCCCCAAUGGUACAUUGAUAUAAUCAAAUAUGCGGGUUAUGGUAAAAUAGGAGAAUUCUACUUUUUCGACGACAAAGAUCAACAUAUCUCCUUCAAGGUUCCUAGAGAAAACAAAAAAGUUAGCUGGCACGCUUGGACAACUAGAGUGACUUCUGCUCUGACAGAGAUUCCAGCGGGAGCAUACUACCGUUCCAAGACUUAUUUCACGGAAGCUGAAAUGUUAAACAAGCUUGGCUUGCCUGCUGAUGAGGAUGUUCUAUUUUCGAUUUGCGGGACACAAACGGAGCUAAAUGAUUUCGACAAGUUUAUCUUUGAUGAAAAUUAUGAAUUCAUUAAAACUAGUGAUCAUCCUGAAGAAUCCAAGAGACAACGAAAGUUCAAAGGCGUAUGGAUCUACCCAAGAUUCUAUCAAACCUCUCUAAAAGAGCAGAGAUGGUAA